AGAGUAGCGUUAACCAGGGAGUCACCCUGGGCAGCCCCUUCCCAGAAUCCUCGCCUCCAGGGAGCCCCUGAGCCUUAGCACUGCCCCUAGCCAGGACAUGGCCGAGAAAUUCAAUUUCCCCGUAGACGACCCGAGCCAGGAUCAACUGACAUGGGAGAAUGUUUCAAGAGCAGAGAUUCCUGGACCACAGGAGGAGGAUGAACUGUGGAGAAAAAAGCUUCUGAAGCUCUGCUACCUGAAGGAAGAACAGAAAAGACUGAAACUGAGAAAGGAAAAGCUACAGCAACUCCAGGCAGAGCAAUAUGUCCCUCCAAAGGAGGAGGUCCCCUUUCCAGUGCCUCAGGCAGUCCUGGUGUUCCAAGGACAGACCAAGGUGGGAAAGGAAGUGCGGGAGACGGUAAUCUCCAAUCUCCAGAUCCAUUACCCACUGCCUGAGAGCUCAGCUCUGGUCAGCUUUGAGGACCCUAAAGUGGCAGCGAGUCUCCUCCAGCACCAAGAACACUUUAUCCUCUUGGAGGAAUGCCGGCUUCGUGUCCCCAUCCAUCCUGUGGAGUUGCCCGUUCCAGCCUCCAUCAAGGUGCUCACUUGGUUAUGUAGCCAGAAGGUGCUGGUAGUUGGGCUGCCCACCGACAGAGAUUUGAGCGAAGAGCAGCUAUUGGACAAGCUAGAAAUUUUCUUUGGCAGGCCCUCCAAUGGAGGUGGAGAGGUGACCACUCGAGAGCUGCUCCCAGGGGCUGCUGUUCUGGGCUUUGCUGAUGACAAAGUGAUUCAGAACCUGAUCCAGACCUGUUGCUUCAAGGUGCCCCUGGGCAGUCAAGAAGUUCCUUUGAGAGUUUUCCCCUAUGUUGAUGGCAAGAUCCAGGAGAUGGAGAUAAGUCCCUGCCCAGUCCCCAACUCAGUACUGGUACUCAAUAUCCCAGACAUUCUGGAUGGUCCAGACCUCGAGGACACACUUGAAAUUCAUUUCCAAAAGCCAUCUCAAGGUGGGGGUGAGGUAGAGGCAUUGACGUUUGUAGCCCCUGGGAAACGGAGUCUGGCCCUUUUCACCCAUGAGUCAACUUAACCAGCCUCACAAGCCUCCCUCAAUGCUUCUCCUUGCAUUUCAUUGUGCCAGAUUUUGUUAUCUGUAUUUAAGGGGUGGGGGGCAGGUUUCAUUCCUCUCUCUCUAGCCAUCUCCCCUUUAAAACAUUAAGCUGCUUUUGGGCCAGAAAAGCAUGUACUGCCAUCACUCUCAUAGAUUUCUUUGUAGUAUUUUACUCCAACCUGACUGGGUAGAAGAGGGGAGAGGGAGAAAGUGAGGUCUAAUCUUUUUUGCUUCUCUUUGUAUACCCCCAGUAUAUUAUGCCUGGCACAUAAUAGGUGCUUAAUAAAUGCUUUUGACUUUGUGAUUCA